UUUAUAUAUUUUUAAAUAAAAAUAAAAUAAUACAAAAUUAAUAAUAAUAAUAAUAAUAAAUGAAGGGUUACAUUUCUCUGUCCCUGAUUGCAUUUCUUGUAGCCUUUGCUACACCGGUGGUUCUAGCCGAUGAUAUAACUCCAAUUCCCGCAGAAAAAGCCCAAGUUGAGCCAUGGUUCAAGGCCAACGUUAAACCCCUUUCCGAGAGAAAGGGCACACUCGACCCCCUUCUCGAAGCUGCUGAAGCAUCACCACGUAUCAUCACCGUGAAUCAAAAAGGAGGCGGCGAUUUUACGACAAUAAACGCAGCGAUCAAGAGCAUUCCUUUGGAAAACAAGAAACGUGUGAUCGUCAAGUUGGCCCCUGGCGUAUACAAAGAGAAAGUCACAAUUGACAUAGGCCGACCAUUCGUUACAUUGCUUGGCAAACCUGGUGCUGAAACCAACUUGACAUUCGACGGAACAUCCGCUAAAUACGGCACCGUCGAGAGUGCCACGCUUAUCAUCUGGGCACAAUACUUUAUGGCUGCCAACUUAAACCUGAUCAAUACUUCUCCAAUGCCGAAACCAGGUACACAAGGACAAGCUCUAGCUAUGAGGAUCAACGGGGAUAAGGCUGCUUUCUACAACUGCAGAUUCUAUGGAUUCCAGGACACUCUUUGCGACGACAGAGGCAACCAUUUCUUUAAGAACUGUUACAUCGAAGGAACCUAUGAUUUUAUUUUCGGAAGAGGAGCUUCCUUGUACUUGAAUACACAAUUGCAUGCUGUUGGAGAUGGAUUAAGAGUGAUCACAGCACACAAUCGUCAAAAUGACAAUGAGCAGAAUGGGUAUUCGUUCGUCCAUUGCAAGAUCACUGGAGAUGGAACCGGAAUCUACUUGGGCAGGGCUUGGAUGAGCCACCCUAAGGUCGUCUAUGCCUACACUGAAAUGACCAGUGUCGUCAACCCGUCCGGAUGGCAAGAAAACAGGACCCCCGCUCAUGACAAGACGGUGUUUUAUGGAGAAUACAUGUGCACGGGACCAGGAUCACACAAAGCUAAGAGAGUGGCACACACACAAGACAUUGACAACAAAGAAGCUAACCAUUUCCUUUCUCUCGGCUACAUCAAGGGCUCCUCAUGGCUUCUCCCUGCUCCGGCUUACUAAAUUAACCACACCCUUCAUAACUACAAUUCUAUAUUUUUCACUAAAAGAAAAAUAGAAUUGUAGGUUUUAUUUUCGGAAAAUCCUCUCCUUUUGUUAUAUAUGAUGGAAGAGUAGAGACUUGUCUAGUUUUGGUUUUAUUGUAAUCAAAAUGAUUAUUAUAUUAUAUUGAUAAGAGUUA